AGCCACCAAAUAAUAAUAAUAAUAAAAAAAAAUCCAAAUCCGGAUAAAUUAUUCAUCUGUUCCGUUUUAAUCGUUACAACUAACUACCACACUCCGUUCCCGGCAUGCAUAACCACCGUAACUGCCACCGCCACUGUCACCAAAACCACUUCUGAACUAAACUAACAUGGCUUUAACUUUAACUUCAACUUCUCCACACUUUCGUUUUCAACCUUUCCUCACACGCACAAACUACGCCUUCUUCUCCGACCUUACCGAACAAGUUCACGAUUCUCUCACUCUUCUUCGCCGGAGUAAGAUCUCUGUUAAUUCACCGCCAGCGCUGAAGCCGGUGAAAUGCAGUAGAUCCACAGAGGAGAAGCAGUGGAAUGACGGCGAAACCGUUGCAUCAGAUUCCGAUGAAGCGGUGGAUGAUUCAAAUGGUCAAUCUCCGAACAGAACUUCUUCAAUUGAGCCUCAGAAGAUUGCUACUACCUCUUCCGGCGAUUCACUUUCUCUCGGAAUUCGAGAACCUGUUUAUGAAGUAGUAGAAGUGAAAUCAGAUGGAACAGUAUCCACUAGAAAGAUCAACAGGAAACAGUUAUUGAAGUCAAGUGGUCUUCGUCCGCGGGAUGUCCGAAGUGUGGAUCCAUCAUUGUUUUUGACAAAUUCAAUGCCCUCUUUGUUGGUCCGUGAGUAUGCUAUACUUCUAAACCUGGGUUCACUACGAGCAAUAGCAAUGAAAGAUUGUGUACUUAUAUUUGACUAUAAUCGUAAAGGAGGGCAAGCUUUUCUAGAGUCAUUGCUGCCUCGGUUGAACCCCAAGAACAACAAUGGAGGACCAUCGAUGCCAUUUGAAAUCGAGGUUGUCGAAGCAGCAUUACUUUCAAGAAUACAACGUUUGGAGCGGAGACUGAUGGACUUAGAACCUCGUGUUCAAGCUCUUCUGGAGGCCUUGCCAAAUCGGAUAACUGGGGACAUAUUGGAGCAACUUCGUAUUAGCAAACAAACUUUGGUUGAGUUAGGCUCGAGGGCAGGAGCUCUCAGACAGAUGCUGCUAGACCUUCUGGAGGACCCAAAUGAAAUACGGAGGAUAUGUAUUAUGGGAAGAAAUUGUACACUUAAUAAAGGAAACAAUAACGUGGAAUGCUCAGUUCCCUUAGAAAAGCAGGUUGCUGAUGAAGAGGCGGAGGAAAUUGAGAUGCUUCUGGAAAAUUAUCUCCAAAGAUCUGAAUCUUGUCAUGGUCAAGCUGAAAGGCUUCUUGAUUCUGCAAGGGAAAUGGAAGAUUCUAUAUCUGUCAGCUUAAGCUCAAGAAGACUUGAAGUUAGCAGGUUUGAACUGCUUCUCCAGGUUGGAACAUUCUGUGUGGCAGUUGGUGCCCUUGUAGCAGGUAUAUUUGGCAUGAACCUGAGGUCCUAUCUUGAGGAACAUGUGUUUGCAUUUUGGCUGACUACAUCUGGGAUUAUUAUUGGUAGCAUUGUUGUGUUUUUUCUUAUGUAUAACUACCUCAGAGCAAGGAAAAUAUUUUGAUCAGAUGAAACUUCAAUUAUAGGUUAUUUUAGAAUGUGAAGGAAAGUAAGCACCCACAAAUGCAGUGACUGUGCAUGAAGAUCAAUCAUCCGAAAUGGAUUUGGAAAUAUGCUUGAUAUUAGUCAUAUUACUCGUAUUACUAUGCUGUAACAAGCAUGAAUUUUUAUUCUUAUUCCAGAGGGGGAUAGAAAUACACGAUUUUUUACUGCUUCACAAGUUCGUAAUGGCUAUGUGAGCGAUCAACAUCAAGAGACUCUUCACUAGGUCGUUGCUUGCGUGGGUGUUGUGUGCAAUAAAACAUUCGUCAACUUUCACACUAUUUUUAGUGUCAAGGUGCUAUAUAUACAUAAGAACUGCAUGAUGGUAGUUGAAUGCAGAUGUCAAUCAGCAUUUUAGUAGUUGUAUUGGUAUUAUAUGAUCAACUGAAUUUUUAGGGUGGGGAAAUCUGCCCAAAAUCUGUAAAUUAGGCAAUAUUGAAACUGUGGCCAGUCACACGUGCAUGGAAGAAAUUAAACGAGUGUAAGAUUUACACCAUAAAACAUGUAUUUAGCUCCUUUUAUUGGCAUGUUGAUCCUA